GGUGCUGCAGCUGCCCUCACUGAAGCCAGAAGGAAUGCAACUCGUGCUGGUCACAGGUACCGAAGGAGGAGGCCAAAAGAGGAUAUGACAAAGCAGUCAGAGAGAAAGAUAAUCACUGAGGAACGCCGGGACCACAGAGGGCGUCAGACAGAUGUGAAUGACAAAAUAGAUGAAGACAGAGCUAGUGACAACAGUAGUCCGGUUUCUAGUCAGAAUGCCAGUCCCCGGGCCAGCUUAUACCUCAGUGAUCCACCGUCUUCUAUGGAAGGCUUGCUGUCAGUGUCUGGGGCCAUGCACAGAGGAGGCAUCAUGGUGACUUCCUGCGAGAGUGACAGCGCCAUGGGCGACUCUGGAUAUUCUGAAAUCUGUGAUUGUCUGAAGGAGACUCAUGAGAUGCUGUUUCAGCUCCAUGAAUUGAUCAUACUCAAGGGCAGACUACUGCAAGCUGAAGAGGUAACUGAAUCUCUCAGAGCUGAUCUCAUCAAAGCUAAAAAGAAUUGCAUGGAGUUGCAGGGCACAAAGGCUGGUUUGCAGCAACGACUGAAGGAGCAAGAAAGCACACUUUCUGGACUUAAGUCUGAAGUCAUGACUUUGGAACUGGAAAAGGACAAAAUGAGAUCAGAAAUUGUAACACCCCAAAUCAGUUGCCUUUUGGUGAAGCUCUGCAACCCAUGCAGCGAAGCAGAAGGUUCAGUAUUGUCAAGAUUUGAGACAUUACAGAAACAGCUGGGAGGUAGAGACCAGGUCUUGUCUGAUAUCAAGAGGGAACUGUUAAAACGAGACCACACUAUUCACCAACUGCAGGAGCAAAUAAGCCAAAUGAAGGAGAGCAUGACAGUGUCUAAACAGGCAAUAGAACCAAUGGUUAAUUUGGCUGAUGUUGUGAAAAGUGUCAGCACAGCAGAGGAGAUCAGUGGACUGGUAGAGCCUACAUGUCAUGACCAGCGACUGAGUGUACUGACUGACUGCCUCAACAAACUGACAGGCACUGAAAAGGCUGGAGGCCUCAAGACUUCAGAACUAGAAAUGGCAAAGGACACCAUUCUCCAGAACCGUGUAGAAGUCUGGGCACAGCAUCCAUCCAGUGCGACCAUAGAUCAUCUAGAGGAGACAGUGGUCAGACUGUUGGACAAGCUACACAUCAAUGGUUCUAGCACCGGCACCACCGCUUCCAGUCGAAGCCUCACUUCCAGCAGCAGAGACAGCUCGGAAGGGCAUGAAGUGAAUUCAUAUAAAAGCAAAAGACAGGACAACAUGAGAGGACAUGAA